CAGGAAGCGGGAUGGUGUCCGUUGAAGUGACGGUAGUUGCUAGCGGUUGCGGCUAUAAAGCGUCUUCUUCAACACUUACUACUUGAUCGGAUCUUCACUUUUACAGGCAAGAAUCUUGUCGUCAUGGGUUCUACGGCGCCCAUUAAGAUUGGAAUAAUUGGUGGUUCAGGCCUUGAUGAUCCAGAUAUCUUGGAGGGAAGGACUGAGCGUUAUGUUGACACACCGUAUGGAAAGCCAUCAGAUGCUCUGAUACUGGGAAAGAUAAAAAACGUGGAAUGUGUGCUCCUUGCAAGACAUGGGAGGCAACACACUAUAAUGCCGUCCAAUGUGAACUACCAGGCCAACAUCUGGGCACUGAAAGAAGAGGGCUGUACACAUUUGUUGGUUACCACAGCUUGUGGCUCACUCCGAGAGGAGAUUCAGCCAGGAGACAUUGUCAUCAUAGAUCAGUUCAUUGACAGGACUACCAAAAGAGCUCAGACUCUGUAUGACGGCCAGCCCACUAGUCCUCCAGGUGUCUGUCACAUCCCCAUGGCUGAGCCUUUCUGCAACAGAACCAGAGAGGUGUUGGUGGAGGUGGCGCGGAGCCUGGGGGUCAAGUGCCAUGUACGAGGGACUAUGCUGACUAUUGAGGGGCCCCGCUUUUCCUCGCGGGCCGAGAGCCUGAUGUUCCGCCAGUGGGGCGCUGACGUCAUCAAUAUGACCACUGUGCCAGAGGUGGUCCUCGCCAAGGAGGCCGGCUUGUGCUAUGCCAGCAUCGCCAUGGCAACAGACUACGACUGUUGGAAGGAACACGAGGAGGCGGUCUGUGUUGACAACGUAAUGAAGACUAUGAAGGAGAACGCCAACAAAGCCAGCAGUAUUCUGCUAACUGCAAUACCACAGAUUAGUCAGAUGGACUGGGCUCAGACAAUGAAGACCUUGAAAUCAAUGGCACAAUCUUCAGUAAUGUUACCAAAACACUAAGAAAACAGUGAAGUAGAAAAGGAUCCGGACCCCAGAAAGGACAUGGACAACAGACUCUGCCUGUGGAUUUGUUAUUAGUGAAACAAGAAAGUGCCUCACAUAAAUAAUGCAUGUGCUCUGUCUUCAGCUGAAGUUCAGUGUUUUUUCUUUGACUCAAAAUAAACAUAACACCCCCUCCCCCCUGA